AAACACACGAUACUCGCUCUACACACAUCAUACACAACUCUAGUUUAAUCACACAUCAACAACACCAUAUCGCACCGCAAAUGAACAAGCAGACCUACUAUUGCGACAUGUGUAGCAAACAAUUUACGACAAAACUUACUUUAAUCCGACAUAUCAGAACACAUACACACCCGGAACAUACCUGCGGAGUUUGUAAUGAAGCAUUUCAAAAUAACUUAUUACUGAAUAAGCAUUUAAGUUUGCACUCAGCAGAGAGACGGUACGUGUGUGGAGAAUGCAACAAGCAAUUUGCAACAAAAAGCAUUUUGUAUAUACAUAGAAGAACCCACACUGGAGUCAAACCAUUCAAAUGUAAAGAAUGUGACAAGCAAUUUACAAGAAAACAUCAUUUAGAGAACCACAAAAGUGUCCAUAGUGACGUGAAACCAUACAAAUGUAAAGAAUGUAACAAGCAAUUCAAAGGAAGCAAUGGUUUAAAGUACCACGAAAGAGUCCAUAGUGGCGUGAAACCAUACAAAUGUAAAGAAUGUGACAAGCAAUUUACAACAAAACAUUACUUAGAGACGCACAAAAGAGUACAUAGUGGCGUGAAACCAUACAAAUGUAAAGAAUGUAACAAGCAAUUUACACAAAAAGGUAAUUUAGAGACCCACAAAAGAGUCCAUAGUGGCGUUAAACCGUACAAAUGUAAAGAAUGUAACAAGCAAUUUACACAAAAAACUAAUUUAAAGAUGCACGAAAGAGUCCAUAGUGGCGUCAAACCAUACAAAUGUAAAGAAUGUGACAAGCAAUUCAAAGGAAGACCUAGUUUAAAGUACCACGAAAGAGUACAUAGUGGCGUCAAACCAUACAAAUGUAAAGAAUGUAGCAAAGAAUUCAAACAAAAUUAUUCUUUAGUUAUCCAUGAAAGAAUCCAUAGUGGAAUGAAACCAUACAAAUGUAAAGACUGUAACAAAGAAUUCACAACAAAACAAUCAUUAGUUACCCAUGAAAGCGUCCAUAGUGGCGUGAAGCCAUACAAAUGUAAAGAAUGUAACAAAGAAUUCGCACAAAAAAUUCAUUUAGUUGCCCAUGAAAGAGUCCAUAGUGGAAUGAAACCAUACAGUUGUAAACAAUAUGACAAGGAAUUCACACUAAAACAUCAUUUAGCUGUCCAUGAAAGAAUCCAUAGUGAUGUGAAACCAUACAAAUGUAAUGAACGUAACCAGCAAUUAAGUCAAGAAGAUAGUUUUGAGACAAAUAGAAUGAGUCACAUCGGAGAGAAGCCGUAUAGAUGUGAAGAAUGUAACAACCACUUUACAUUAAAAUCUGAAUUAGAGAGACAUAAAAAAAUACACACCGAUGAACAAUCAUACGAAUGCGAAAUAUGUGAAACACUUUUUUUCGAUGAAACAAGUUUAAUGAAACAUAUUGAAACACAUAUAUCCAAGAUACAAUAACUUUGUUGUUUUGUAAAAUGGUUCAUAAUAGCUCAUAGUGUUUUAUUCGGAUUCAGUCAACAGAAUUUCACUCUACUGCUAUUCACUUCACCAUAUUGCUGGGUACAUUCUCACAGACAAAAUAUCGUAUAGUCGACCGAGAUAAACUAUGCUAACGUCUAUCUUUCAAUUGCACAUGUGAAUACAGAUGGCAAGUUACGGAAAGUUUCCAAAAAGUUCGAAAAGUUCUCGGAAAUUUCACAGGAAACAAGAAAACGUUACAUUUGUUCUUUGAAAUACAAUUUUAAUUGAAGUGUUGUCAUCAAAUACAGAAAGGACACUUCCUACAAAUCCGAAGUUUGACAGCGAUUCAAGGACGAAUCAUGCUAUCCCUUUCUAAUGUAUGGCACUAUCCAUUUCGGCUAUUAGGGUUAUCCAAUUUCAAGUAAUUAUGUUAUCUGUGGUUGUACACGCAAGGGAACCUCAACUUGUGUCGCCCUAGGUAGGUACUUCUUUUUUACAUAGCACUGCUAAGGGUAUCGAAGUAUUUUUCGGUGGGCCUUAUAUUAUUAACCCCGUUUAUAUCAAUAUUAAGUAUACCGAGAAGCUUUAGUCAUAUUGGUAUUACUGAGAUUACGCGACGCGGAGCAGAGUCGUGUUUCUGAUUAGUUCUACUUUGUAAUAGAAAUGUUGACUGUGUGUAUGUAUGUAUGUUACUUUGCUAUUGCAAAUAAACAGGUUUACAUAAAACGGACAAAACAAAACAAAAAUAAUAAGGUUAUGUACAAAGGCAGGCGUGGCUCACUCCGGGAUUUUGUCGCUUUGCUACACGUAGCUAAAAGUACAUCCGUUCCACCCCAAUUUUGGGGAAAGCCAUAAGCCGCGCGUGGCGCUGUCGCCACCUAGCGGCCAUAUCUGUGCUGAUCGUAACAGACGCGUUUUGUUAGAGAGUGAGUCUUCUGUACCUAGUGCUAUUAUUUAUUAUGUGACAAAGGCGAACUUAUCCCUAGCAGGUAGAAGGGAUCUCUUCCAGGUAAUCUGAGAAAAUGCGAAAGGAUCACACACUAACUGUUUUGCAAUAAAAAAAUUGCAUAUAUACAAAAAUGUCAAUAAGGUGAUGGUACUAGUGCUCGACAUGCUAAUGCCCAAUAGAUGACGCCCUGCUGUCGCCUAUAUUGAUAUAAUAACUUUUUAAGUUUCAAGAUGACAUGUACUGGGACCGCGUCGACCACCAGUACCACCACCUUAAUUUUUAUAUGCACUAUUAAGGUGAAUUAAAUUUGU